AUGUCCGAACCGAUGACGACACCGGCGCUUCUCCCCUCCGAUCGGCCGCCGGACACUUCCCUGGCCACAUCGCCAGCGGCCGCGUCGGACAUGAUCGUUGACGCGUCGUCUCCAACUCUGAUAACCAAUGAGCCGAACCAAGAUCUGGCUGGUGCGAAGACAGGAAUAUCGCAGCAACUUUUUACCUACGCCAAGGCGCUCUCUGGCCCGACGAGCUUGCCGCUGACCUCGAAUCGAGCAACAACCUGGACUCCCGUCGGAGAGCAUGACCUGAUCCCCGGGCAGAAGGAUGGUGAGCCAGCGCUGACCAUAUCCCCGGAUUUCAAGAGCAAGAUCUGUGCUCCAUGGCAGCGUACCUUGGUGGUACGCCUGCUCGGGGCUAAGAUUGGCUUCACCACUCUCUGUUCUAGGCUACGGGCACUAUGGAGACCGGCUGGUGCGCUGGAGAUUAGAGAUAUAGAUUAUGAUUGCUUCUUGGUUAAACUGGAUAAUGAGCAAGAUUAUUUUAGGGCCUUGACAGAUGGACCAUGGUUGAUCUUCGAUCACUACCUGGUAGUGCAGCAAUGGUCACCCAGCUUCAAGGUCUCCGAUCCGCUUCCAAAAACGAUGAUUGUGUGGGCACAGCUACCGGCCCUGAAGAUCCACUUCUAUCAUAGGGAGGUGCUCACCACACUGGGGAAUCUGAUCGGUAGAACAAUCAAGUUAGACUACCAUACUCUCACCCAACAGCGAGCAAAAUUCGCCCGAAUAGCAGUGGAGGUGGAUCUUUCGAAACAUCUGGUUCCUCGAAUAUGGCUGGAUGAUGGUUGGCAAAAAGUGGAAUAUGAAAAUCUCCCGGAAGUGUGCUUCGAAUGUGGCAAGAUUGGUCACUCCGCCGACAGUUGCCCUCUUCUCCGACUCCCACAGGUGACUGGAACGACCACCAUCUCCGGGGGUGGCGCCGGGGAAGCUUUGACGGCGGAGUCGCCGGAAGAGAAUCCUGGCUUUGGGCCGUGGAUGUUGGUCAGCCGGAAAUCUAGGCGUCACCCGAGGGAUCUUCAAAGAAAAGGAAAUUCGGAUCUGGAUUCGAUGCGCUCAUCCCAGGGAAACUCCGCGCGGAAUGGGAAAGUUGAUGCGGCUAAUGGGGAAAAGGAACGAGCAAAACAGAAUGGGGAGAAGGUGCAUGAUGUCUCUGCUCAACGGGUGGCUAGCCAGGAAAGGAAAGAAACUAACGGGAAGAAAAGUAAUGAAGGCACAAGAAAAGGAAAGGAGAAGGCUGUGGUGGAAAGUGGAUCGGGUAAAGGGUUGCUGGGAGCUGGGCCGGGCCGCAAGCAGGGGACUCCAAGUGGGCCCCACAGAGUGGAAGAGGCUAACAAGGCCUCGACUUCGGGCCCAAAGCCCAGUGAGGGAGCCCAGCCAACCAAAUCUGCUGGUCCUUCUAACCCAGUCCCAGCCCUUUUGAAUCCCACGCUACCCUGGCCCGCCCCCCUGGCGGUUCACUCCACGAUUGGGCCCAAUGGAACUGUCUUGCAAAUCGUGGAGGUCACCGACUCAGCUACUCCAAGUUUCACCAGUGCGGGAGAUGAGGCUCCUCCAGUGACUGCUCGAGCAAGGAAAAGUAAAAAAAACCAAGGAACGGGCACGGAAGGGAUCGCCGGCCAAGUUUAA